UGACCAGCACGUGCCCGGAGUCCCCUACCCCCAUGUGUAUUCCUGAUAACGGCUCUUCAAGAGCGAGAAAUGGCCAAGAAAGGGUCUGCAUCAAAUGUGCGCACAGCCAGCUGUCCUCAGUUCGCACGGUCCGAGCGCCUACAAAAGCACUAUGAGUUCGGUUUCGUGACAGUUGAUCGCUUGUUUCGUCUCUAGCCUUCCAGCAUCGUCGAUGCGAGAUGCUCUAUUGAGGUUGCGUAAACGUGCAAGGAGAGAGUCUGAUCGUCUUUCACGUGUUGGCACAGCGGCGACGGGAAAGAAUGGUGACCUUGAGAAGCGUACCAGCCGAGGUGCGACAACGUGCAAGCCGGCUCUGGCAUUGCGUGAGACGCGCCGACCGCUUCGGCACACGGCAUCUGAGCACGGAAGCGGCAGCGUGUGAUACGGGAAAGGAAGCCGCCGCCGAGGCGCUGCCUUCUAACGUUGAGGUGGCUGUGAUCGGAGGUGGCGCCGUGGGCACCAGCCUCGCCUACCACUUGGCCCGGAUGGGCAAGCCGAACGUCGUGCUGCUCGAGAAAAGCGAGCUGACGGCAGGCUCAACAUGGCACGCGGCAGGCCUCGCGGCACUCUACAACCCGGGAAUCAACAUGAAGAGGAUCCACUACGACAGCAUCAACUUGUUCGCCGCACUUCAGCUCGACACUGGACGAGAACUUGGCUUUCACCGUCCGGGAAGCAUCCGGCUGGCGUCGGACCCGACUAGGAUGGACGAAUUUCGAUACCAGAUGCAGCGCCAGGGCUGGAACAAGGCGCCACAGAAGCUUAUCACCGUCGACGAGAUCAGGAAACACGUGCCCUUCAUCAACCUGGACAAGGUACUUGGCGGCUUGUACAACCCGGCGGAUGGCCACAUCGACCCGUAUUCGCUGACGAUGGCCAUGGCCUCCGAAGCCAAGCGGUAUGGAGCGCGCAUCUUCCAGGGUACGGCGGUGCUGGGCCUCCGAAAGGACCACAAGGACGACCGGUGGUGCGUCGAGACAAGCCGAGGUCCCGUACGUGCGAAGCACGUCGUCAACUGCGCCGGAUUCUGGGCCCACGAGGUAAACGCCCUAGCCGGCGUCGACCUUCCGCUCGUUCCCAUCCAUCAUCAGUACUUCAUCACGAGUUCCAUACCAGAAGUGAAGAAUCUCAAGAAGGAAAUACCCGUCCUCAGGCACCUGGAAGGAGGCUUCUACAUGCGGCAAGAGCGAGAUGGCCUGCUCAUAGGUCCUUACGAGCACCAGGACAAAAUGAAGAUCUGUGACGACUGGGUCACCAACAGGGUACCUCCCGGCUUCGGCAAGGAGCUGUUCAACCCCGACCUGGACCGUCUCACUGAUCACAUCGAGUCCGCCAUGGAGCUGGUGCCGGCGCUGAGGACGGCGGAGAUCCGCACCACGGUAUCCGGGCCCAUCACGUACACGGCUGACAGCCUGCCCUGCAUCGGACCCAUGCCCCGAUUCCCGAACUACUGGGUGGCCGUUGGAUUCGCGUACGGAAUCAUUCACUCCGGAGGAGCGGGCCGGUAUCUGGCGGAGUGGAUGACAAAGGGAGAGCCGCCUUACGACCUCGUUGAAACUGACCCGGGACGGUUUGGAAAAUGGGCCACAAGGUCGUACCUGUUCUCCAAAUCGAAGGAAACGUACGGCAUGAACAACAGCUUCACGUUCCCGAAGGAAGAGCGCUGGGCGGGGAGGCCGACGGAGCGGGUGAGCGGCAUCCACGAUCAGCUCGUCGAGCGAGGAGCCGAGAUGGGAUUCCACGCCGGUUGGGAGCAGCCGGCGUGGUUCUCGCAGCCUGGUGACGUCAGCGGCUACCAGCCUAGUUUCCGGCGCAGCAACUGGUUCGAGCCCAUGAAGCGCGAGUGUCGCAGCGUCCUCGACAGCGUCGGCGUCAUCGACCUGACGCCGUUCGCCAAGUUUCAAGUGACCGGCAAGGGAGCCAGUCGAUUCCUCGACAAGCUUCUGGCAAACAAGCUGCCAGCGGUGAACUCCAUCAACAUCUCGCACAUGCUGACACCCAGGGGUAGAGUCUACGCCGAGGUGACGGUGACCAGGCUGGAGGAAAAUCGCUACUUCGUCAUCACGGGAUCGGGCUCGGAGCUUCACGACUUCAGGUGGAUGGACGAUCACCUCAGGCUCUGGAAGAUGGACGACGUCAAGAUUGACAACGUCACGGACAGCGUAGCAGCGCUCGGCAUAGCGGGUCCGCAUUCGGCCAACGUCCUGGCGUCGCUCACAGACGUACCGCUAAGCGACGACAAAUUCCCGUUCCUGCACGCCAGGGAGAUCAGCGUUUGCGGCAUUCCCGUAACCGUCAUGCGGGUAUCCUACACCGGUGAACUAGGAUGGGAGCUCUAUCACGACAGAAAGAACACCGCCGCACUGUACAACCAACUGCUCCGAUUCGGCGAGCCCUACGACAUCAAAGAUUUCGGAACGUACGCUCUGAACAGCUUACGCAUCGAGAAAGGCUUCAGGCUUUGGGGUGCCGACAUGACUGUCGACACCAAUCCAUUUGAAGCCGGUCUCGGACCAUUCGUCAAGAUGAAGAAGGCCGCCGAUUUCAUAGGGAAGGCGGCUCUUCGGCAAAUCUUGAGCGAAGGACUGUCGCGAAAGCUGGUUCACCUCGCCGUGUACGCCCCGGAAGUUGAUCCAGAAGGCAACGAGUCCGUCUGGUGUUCAGACAAGGUUGUCGGGUACACGACCUCCGGAUCUUACGGAGUCCAGUCCCAACAGAGCCUGGCAAUGGCAUAUCUCCCAAUGUACCUCGCAAUUCCAGGAAGCGAGGUGCAGGUGGAGCUGCUGGGGAACCUCUGCUCGGCCACGGUCUUGCCGUCGGCACCCGUUGCCGUGCAAGUCAAGAGGAGGAAACCACCCAGAACAAGCAGCUGAUUUGCAAUGAAUGACCCGCAUACAUUACUCCCCAUGCUAAUGCACGUACUCACGAAGAUUCACACGAUGAAUAAACGGAUAUGGGCAGA